GUUAAAGCGUGUCUAAUACAUUUUUUCACUAAGAAAAGCACCUGCACCUUCCUCCUCCUUUCCCUGGCAGUUCAUUGAUUCACUUGAGGAGUAAAUCAUGACGAUAAUCCUGUAGAGGUGGGAAGGUCGUUUUGGUUACUUGAAGAAGGAAUCUUUCAGAUUCUAUUGUUAUUCAAUAAACACAGGUUUUGUUGGCUUCCUCGUGAAUCAUGGUGAACGCGGCGAUUAUCGCCGAGCUUAACAAGAACACUGAAAACCGUGCUAAGUUAGUUGAAGAAAUUGUGAAGUUGAAAAGGAAGAUCUUCCCCAAACACGAAUCAUACACCGCACUCUUCCAAAACGAACUCAAAAGGAAGAACGCUGGACUUCUCUCCCUCCACGCUGAUGGCGAAGUUGCUGGCUAUGUCAUGUAUUCUUGGCCUUCUUCCCUCUACGCCUCCAUCACCAUGCUCGCAGGUGUAAGCUAAUUUGCACAAACAAUAGAACAUUCUCAACUACAUAUGGAAGUGGAAGUUGUAGACUGGAGACAAAAUUGCCAUGAGAGGCUAGAGAUCUUGAAGAAUAAACAGUUUCCCAUUUUUCAAGAUGUUUCAGCUUCACAAGAUGGAAUGACGUUGCAACAAAGGCUUCCCGAAGAAGUAAACAUUUUGAGCUUUGAGUUGUAUAAAGCUAUUGAAAAUGAAAAUGCCGACAUGUUUAUUGAUGAAUUGGAGAAAGUAUCUGCCAGAAAAAAGCUACCUCUGUCAGAUAUUUUUGAGCAAGUCACAUUGGCAGGUGAUUCCAUGCUUCAUGUGGCAUCAGAUAUGGGGAAAGGACGCAUUACAGAAUUGAUUUUACAUCACUUCCCUAAUCUUCUUAACAAGAGAAACAUUAGAGGCGACACUCCUCUUCAUGUUGCUGCUAGAUCUAACAAGAAUCUUCGUCUAGUCAAAGUGAUUCUCACCCAAUACGCAAAUGAUAAGUCUAGAUAUGAGUUGGAGGAUGAACUAACACGGUUAACGAAUGAAUAUGGCAACACUGCUUUGCACGAAGCGGUUUAUAGCAAGGAUCCUGCUGUUGUUACUGAACUUUUGAAUGCAGAUGGGGCUGUCAUCAAUCAUUCAAACAAGUCAGGCAGAUUGCCACUACACUUGGCAAUUGAGAUUGGAAAUGUAAAAAUCUGUCGCCUUCUAUUGAAAACUCCAUUCCCUGUGAAUGAUUCUUUUCAUCAAUGCCAUCCCCUUCACACCGUCAUAAUAAAAAGGAAUCUUGCUCUUAUAAGGAUAAUACUAGCAAACAGACCAGAGCUCAUAUCUUUAAGAGAUGAAGAUGGAGAGACUGCACUUCAUUUUGCUGCCUAUGUUGGUUUUGUUGAAUGUGCUCAAAUAUUGUUGAAAUCAUCUGCUUUAACCGGUAUGGAGCAAAACAAAAAAGGCAAUCUUCCUAUUCAUCUUGCUUGUGAAAAGGGCCGUGUUGAGGUGGUCAAAGAAUUGCUUCAACAAGAGUGGCCUAGCCCUAAAGUAUGUCUUAAUCAGAAGGGUCAAAACAUUUUGCACAUUGCAGCCAAGAAUGGAAAAGCUAAUUUGUUGAAGUACUUACUAAGAAACAAGAAGAUUGAACCGUUCACCAUAAAUGAGAAAGACAAGAACGGAAAUACCCCAUUACAUUUGGCUGCAAAAAAUUUAUUCCCCGAGGUUUUGUUCGUGAUGACCGGAGAUGAAAGAGUGAAGCUAAACUACGUCAACAAUGACGGUCUAACUGCCCUUGAUAUUGUCUGGUUUCAUCUCAGCCUAAGAGCAACACCAAGAGAGAAGCUCUCAUAUUGGACAUUAAGAAAAUCUGGAGCUUCGUGUUCAAUGAGAGCAUAUAAAUUGCAUCGGUCACGUUCAGAAUCACCCCAAAUAGGCAUAAAAUAUGACCAACAAACGGUCAACAUAUAUUUGAUUGUGAGUACACUAUUGGUCACAGUUACAUUUAGUGCAGCUUUUAGUGUUCCAGGUGGUGUUUAUAGUUCUGAUGACCCAAACCCACACAAUAGAGGAAUGGCAGUCCUGGCUAACAAAAAAUUGUUCAAGAUGUUCACGAUCUUCAACACCAUAGCUAUGUAUUGCUCCACAAUUGGAUCUAUGAUGUUUUUGUGGGAACGACUUGGGGAUGACCGUGUUGCACAGGUGGCUUUCGAUUAUGCAAUGCUUUUUAUGUGUUUCGGUGUCAUGUCAGUUGCUUUGGCAUUUGCAUUUGCUGUAUGUCUAACCGUCAGCAAUGACUCCUUUCUUGCAAUUGUUAUAACUGUCCUUGCCAUUUCCUUCAUUUCCAUUAUCAUCUCUAUGGGUGUUAUAGCAUUUUACCCAUAUAGAGUUCGCAACCCUCUUGUGCGUCGAGUUAACAGAUUCCUUAUUUGGUUUAGCUGUAAAUUUUGUCAAUACACUGAUAGACCUAAAAAGUUAGAUACUCGGGAAAGGAACAAGGAUGCAGAAAAGAACGAGUGAUUGGGAGAGCAAAGAAUGCAAGUUCCAUUGGACUAUGUGAUGGACUCAUCUAGAGGUUAAAUGUUUGCUUUGUUGCCUUGCAUGUUGUUAUUCUUAUCCAUGGAUUAUUAUUAUUAUUAUUAUUAUCGUUUAGACUCGCAUUGUUACACAAAUGGUAUUUUCCUUGUUGUAUGAAAGCCUUCUUU